AUGAACGAUGCAUUAGAAUGGACGGAAACAAUUCGAAUGCGUCAAAUUGCUUCUUUGAAACAGCUGCUGAAUCUUAACCAACCAAUUCCAUCAACUAUAGCUGUGGAACCAGUCUGGAAAAUUCUUAUCUUAGAUCGCUAUGGACAGGACAUCAUAUCGCCAUUAUUGACAGUCAAAGAAUUGAGAGAGUUAGGAGUCACUCUGCACCUACUUUUAAAAAGUAGUCGCGAAGUUUUACCUGAUGUGCCUGCUGUUUACUUUGUGUCUCCAUCAGAAGAAAAUAUAAAAGUAAUCUGUGAUGACCUUCAGAAGGGCAUGUAUGAUAAUUAUUAUUUAAAUAUGAUUAGCCCAUUGAAUAGGCCUUGUCUCGAACAAUUAGCUUCAGCUGCUGUUCAUGGUGGUACGGUUCAACAAGUUCAGAAAGUGAUGGAUCAGUUCUUGAAUUUCAUAUCAUUGGAAGAUGAUUUAUUCAUACUGCGAAGAUAUAACAACAAUAGUCCAUUUUCUUUUUACGCAAUAAGUGACCCUACAGUAACUCCACAACAAAUGGAGGCUCUUAUUGACACAGUCGUUGAUGGUUUAUUCUCCGUAUGUGCAACACUGGGUGUUUUACCAAUUAUACGUUGCCAAAAAGAUAAUGCCGCUGAACAGCGUCUGGAUCAGAAAUUACGGGACAGUUUUCGUGAUGCAAGAAAUAAUUUGUUUAUACAAGACAAUGUUCGAGCAGGACGACUAAUGAUUCAUCGUCCAGUCUUAAUUAUUGCAGACCGAGGCAUAGAUUUAGCAACUAUGCUUCAUCACACAUGGACUUAUCAAGCACUCAUACAUGAUCUGCUGGAUUUGGAUCUGAAUCGUGUUGUAAUAAAAGACAAGACAGGAAAAAGGAAAGAAUAUGACAUGAGUAUACGAGAUAAGUUAUGGAUACGACAUAAAGGAAGUGCUUUUCCAUUGGUGGCUGAAGUAAUACAACAAGAAGUAGAGGCUUAUAAAAAUAGCGAAGAUGAAAUAAAACGUCUGAAGCAUGCUGUGGAAGCAGAAUACAAAUUUGAGGGUAUGGGUGAUGUCGAAUCUGAUGAAACUGUUAGUUUGUUAAGUGAUGCAACUGCGAAGUUGACUUCCACAGUUGGUUCGCUACCAGAAUUGUUAGAGAAGAAGCGCUUAAUCGACUUACAUACAACUAUCGCUACUACUAUUUUAGAUCAUAUUAAACAAAGAAAAUUGGACGUUCUUUUUGAAGCAGAAGAGAAAAUAAUGAAUGAACAGUUAAGUGAUACAAGUGUUAUAGAACUAAUGCGUCAUUGUAGUGUUAACGAAGAUGUCUUGCGAGUCAUGCUUAUCAACUAUCUUUGUUCUACUAAUAUAUCUCAGGAGGAAUUAAAGGAGCAGUAUGAUUAUCUGAAAGAAAUUGGUUUUGAUGAUGCAGCAGUGAAAUAUGUCAAGCAGUUGAGGUCGGUAUCUAGUAUGAGUUUAAAUCGCGUAACGAACGAUUAUUCAGGAGGUGGAAUAAAGACUGAUAACAUGUUUGCAAAUCUGCUCAAUCGCGGUUCACAGUUGUUUAUGGAGGGCGUGAAAAAUCUCGUUCCAAAAAAGCAUAAUCUUCCACUCACCAAAAUGGUCGAUACAAUUCUGACCGGCAAUUCUCAAGUAAACUCACGAUACAGCGACGAUGAGUUCCGAUAUUAUGAUCCAAAAUUAAUGCAUCAGUCUGGCAAAGAACCACAGCGCGCACGUAAUAACGCAGCACAAGAUGUAAUUGUUUUUGUAAUUGGUGGCGGAAAUUAUGUGGAGUAUCAGAAUGUUAUAGAUUAUGGUAAAUCAAAAGGGCUUGCACGAAUUACAUAUGGCUGUACAGAAUUAGUGAAUCCAGCACAGUUUGUUGAACAGGUGAGAAUUCUACAACAUACUUAUAAUCAGGGAGAUGUAUCUUAG